AUCCAAACCGAGCUCAUAUGUGAUAGACUGAGAGGUGAUGGCUCAGUGGAGCACAAAAACUCACAAGAAAUGGCAGCCAAAGUAGCUCUCUCUUGUUCCCUUUCUUUCAAGUCUUCCUUUUUACUAAGCCUUUGUUCUUCUUCUCCUUCUUCUCUGUUCAACCCCUUCCUCACUCUUCCCAGAACAAGGCCUCUUCGCUUCAAACUUCAUGCCAGACUCGGUGGUGAGGAUUCAGAAACUAAGAAGGGUGGAAAGAAGAAAUUUAUUACCCGAGACGAAGAACCGCAGCAAUACUGGCAAACAGCUGGUGAAAGGGAAGGAGAGAAUCCGAUGAAGACCCCUCUUCCUUACAUUAUCAUAUUUGGUAUGUCAACUCCUUUUGUAAUCUUAGCCAUUGCUUUUGCUAAUGGUUGGAUCAAGGUCCCUGUUCGAUGAAAGCUGAGACAAUACUGCUUCUUGCUCUAAGGUUCUGCAGAAAAUAAGUAUUUAGUCUCUUUCUUCUGUACGGAUAAUCUGUUAUGUAUCAAUUUGAUAAACAGAGUUUUCUGUCCAGCCAUUAUCAAUAUUCAUUCGAGAAUGCUAUUACUACAGAGCAGCAGUUUGUCCAUUUUACAGAUAUAUUUUGAAGAACACAGGAAAAUCAUGAAUUGCUCUCUGUACAUUCAACCUUGGAUUUCUUUAUUGUAUUAUAGUGUGCAUUCUAAUCUAACAAAGGAACAAUUAUACAUAAGCACUUGCUUUCUUUUCACACUUAAGGGCCUAAACGGCAUAACCACACUUUCCAACUACUUGCUCUGUUUUCAAGUGUGAAAAAUCAAGCCCUAUGCAUAAGCGCUUGUUUA